AUGGCAUUGAUUGAAAAUCCAGAAGAAGAUACAGUUGUUACUUUCGAAAAGUUGGGUGUAGAUCCACAGAUUGUAGAGGCAUGUAAAAAGUUGGGAUUCAAGAAUCCAACAGAGAUUCAGAGAAAAGCAAUACCUGAGGCGUUGGCCGGUAAGGAUAUCGUUGGUUUGGCACAGACCGGUUCCGGUAAGACUGCGGCUUUCUCGAUACCUAUGCUGCAGGCACUGCUUGCCAAGCCGUCGGGUCUCUUUGGUUUGGUUCUCGCGCCGACCAGAGAGUUGGCCGUGCAGAUUAGCGAUCAGAUAGAGGCACUCGGUGCCGUUAUCGGUGUGAAGUGCGCCGUGUUGGUCGGUGGUAUCGACACGAUGUCUCAAUCGAUGGCACUCGCCAAGAAGCCACAUAUCAUCGUUGGAACACCGGGUCGUGUUGUCUACCACUUGGAGAACACCAAAGGCUUCAACUUGAAAACGCUGAAAUACUUUGUUAUGGACGAAGCCGAUCGUCUGCUGGGUAUGGAUUUCGAGGAGGAGAUCAAUACCAUUCUCAAGGUGAUCCCAAAGGAUCGUAAUACAUUCUUGUUCUCUGCUACGAUGACAUCGAAAGUUGCCAAGUUGCAACGUGCAUCGCUAAACGAUCCGGUGAAGAUUCAAGUGGCAACCAAAUACUCGACAGUCGAUACUUUACAACAGGAAUACAUUUUCAUUCCAUACAAACACAAGGAGUGCUAUCUCACCUAUAUUUUGAAUGAACUCGCCGGUAACUCGGUGAUUAUCUUCACAUCGACGUGCGCUGCAUCCACAAAGUUGGCUAUAAUGCUGAGAAAUCUUUCGUUCAAGGCGAUUCCUAUCAACGGUCAGAUGGAUCAAUCGAAACGUCUGUCGUCACUCAACAAAUUCAAGGCACAAACAAUGGAUAUUCUGGUGGCUACCGACGUUGCUGCGCGUGGUCUGGACAUUCCCUCGGUCGAUUUGGUCAUCAACUACGAUGUUCCCGUAAGCUCGAAAGAGUAUAUGCAUCGUGUCGGUAGAACUGCUAGAGCUGGUCGUACAGGUCGUGCCGUCACACUGGUAACUCAAUACGAUGUCGAGAUCUACCUGAGAAUCGAACAUGCACUCGAACAGAAACUAGAGGAAUUCCCAACAGAGCAAGAAUCGGUAUUAGUAUUUUCAGAGCGUGUCAACGAAGCAAUCCGUGUUGCAACCAACGAAAUUAAAGAGGCUGGACUUUCAGAGAAAGAGAAACGUUCGAUGGACGACUCUGAACAAUCAACAGGUCAUUUGAAGAAAAGAAAAGUUGAAAAGAAAGUUAUUAAAAAGAAAAAUGGACCAAAAUAA